CAAGAAGAAGAAGCGACUCUCGCAGUCGGACGAGGACGUGAUCCGCCUCAUCGGGCAGCACCUGCACGGCCUCGGCCUCAACCAGACUGUUGAUCUUCUCAUGCAAGAGUCAGGAUGUCGUUUAGAACAUCCUUCUGCUACCAAAUUCCGCAAUCAUGUCAUGGAAGGAGAAUGGGAUAAGGCUGAGAACGACCUGAAUGAACUUAAGGCCUUAGUGCAUUCUCCGCAUGCAAUUGUGAGGAUGAAGUUUUUGCUGCUGCAGCAGAAGUACCUGGAAUACCUGGAGGAUGGCAAGGUUCUGGAGGCACUUCAAGUUCUACGCUGUGAACUGACACCGCUGAAAUAUAAUACAGAACGCAUUCAUGUCCUCAGCGGGUAUCUGAUGUGCAGCCAUGCAGAAGACUUGCGUGCAAAAGCAGAGUGGGAAGGGAAAGGAACAGCUUCCAGAUCUAAGCUUUUGGAUAAACUCCAGACAUACCUACCCCCAUCAGUGAUGCUUCCUCCAAGGCGUUUACAGAAUCUGCUGCGUCAGGCUGUGGAGCUACAACGGGAUCGGUGCCUAUAUCAUAAUACCAAACUAGAUAAUAAUCUAGAUUCUGUCUCGCUGCUUAUAGACCAUGUUUGUAGUAGGAAACAGUUCCCGUGCUACACACAGCAGAUACUUACGGAGCACUGUAACGAAGUCUGGUUUUGUAAAUUCUCCAAUGAUGGCACUAAACUAGCAACAGGAUCAAAGGACACAACUGUUAUUAUAUGGCAGGUUGAUCCAGAUACUCAUCAACUAAAACUGCUUAAGACGUUAGAAGGUCACGCAUACGGGGUCUCUUACAUUGCUUGGAGUCCAGAUGACAACUAUCUUGUUGCCUGUGGCCCAGAUGAUUGUUCUGAACUUUGGCUCUGGAAUGUACAAACUGGGGAGCUGAGGACAAAGAUGAGCCAGUCUCAUGAAGACAGUUUAACAAGUGUGGCCUGGAAUCCUGAUGGGAAGCGCUUUGUCACAGGAGGUCAGCGUGGACAGUUCUAUCAGUGUGAUUUAGAUGGUAAUCUACUUGACUCCUGGGAAGGGGUGAGAGUACAAUGCCUUUGGUGCUUGAGUGAUGGAAAAACUGUUCUAGCAUCGGACACGCACCAGCGAAUUCGGGGUUAUAACUUUGAGGAUCUUACAGACAGGAACAUAGUACAAGAAGAUCACCCUAUUAUGUCAUUUACUAUUUCAAAAAAUGGCCGUUUAGCUUUGUUAAAUGUAGCAACUCAGGGAGUUCACUUAUGGGACUUACAAGACAGAGUUUUAGUGAGAAAAUAUCAAGGUGUUACGCAAGGAUUUUACACAAUCCACUCAUGUUUUGGAGGUCACAACGAAGACUUCAUCGCGAGUGGCAGUGAAGAUCACAAAGUCUAUAUUUGGCACAAGCGCAGCGAGCUGCCGAUAGCGGAGCUGACGGGGCACACGCGCACGGUGAACUGUGUGAGCUGGAACCCGCAGAUCCCAGCCAUGAUGGCCAGCGCCUCUGACGACGGCACUGUUAGAAUAUGGGGACCAGCGCCUUUCGUAGACAACCAGGAUAUUGAAGAGGAAUGCAGUAGCAUGGAUAGUUGAUGGCGAAUUUGGAGCAGACGACUUCAGUUUAACUUAAUUAGUCGUAUUUUAAAUGGCUUGGGAUUUGGUGCAAACAAACAUGAUCGAUAGCUGGACAGACAUGCUCGUCAUGAAAAAGAACCAUUUCUGAAGCCCAGUUGGGGCCAAACAUUUACCACCUUGCUUCAUAGUAACCAGUCAAGAUGAAGCACGUCGUUAGAACUUUGUUGGACACUGUGUUGAAAUUACCCCCCCAUCGGUUGUGAAGAACUGUGCUACAUUCAGGCUAACCAUUGAACUCAGUAUAUAUAUUUUUCCCUCCUGCCUUUUUGUCUGGCAGGCUACUGUUCUUGUUGCUCUUCUGUGUAAUGAAGUUUAAAUGCUUGUUUGGAACACUUUAUUUAACAGUUUAGAAGGCUUGAUAGAAAGAGUGCUUUAGUCUGAAGAGUAUACAUUGGAUAGGAAAGUAUUUCCUUCUCUUGUUUCUCAAAUCUCUCUCCGCCUUACUUAGCUUGAGAUCUUUGCAGCUUGGUUCAUGGAUUCUAGCCUUGCCCGUUGCGCAGUAUAUAUAUAAAUUGAGAUCAACCAAUGAACUAUGUCAAGAGCACUCUCAAUAUCACAUUUGACAAAAAGUUUUGUACUUUUCACAUAGCUCGUUGCCCUGCACAGGGGUUAACAGCACAAUUUUUUAAAAAUAAAUUAUUUAUAGGAUUAAAAUGACUUCAUUUGUAUACAUUUGGAAUUAAAACAAUUUAAGAAGUAUUGUGAAAUGCAGUAUCACUGAUGCUCUCUCAGUGUCCUAAAACCCUUUCAAGAGCAGUGGUUGGAGGG